GGGCAUAUAUGUCUUUUCGGCAUGUUCAUCUUAACGCCUUUGCCCUAAUCAUCCCUGUGACACAGUGAAGCUAAAGCCCUUGUAGUUCUCUCUCCGGCACGCGCAGCUAAAGCUUGGGACUUCGGACGGAGGAGUGUAUAUUCAAGCGAAAAGCAUCCAAGCAAACGAAUAGCAGAAGUAUCUGAAUCAUAGAAACGAAAGGCAAAAUGGGAAGGGAGAGAGACACUCAAAAGAUGCAGCAGCAAGUCUCCUUCACAGUCGAGCAGCUCGUAACCGUCAAUCCCUACAAUCCAGACAUCCUCCCAGAUCUCGAAAACUAUGUUAAUGAACAGGUUUCGUCAGAAACAUACAGUCUGGAUGCAAAUCUAUGCCUUCUUCGCCUCUAUCAGUUUGAACCAGAGCGACUAAGCACUCAAAUUGUUGCUCGCAUUUUGGUUAAGGCACUAAUGGCAAUGCCAGCCCCAGAUUUUAGCCUUUGUCUAUUUUUAAUUCCUGAACGAGUGCAAAUGGAGGAACAGUUCAAGACAUUGAUAGUUCUCUCACAUUAUUUGGAGACAGGAAGGUUCCGCCAGUUCUGGGAUGAAGCAGCUAAGAGUCGACACAUAGUUGAGGCUGUGCCAGAUGCGCUGUGGCUUACUAGAGGACAGAAUGCAGGUUUUGAGCAAGCAAUUCAAUCGUAUGCUAUUCAUCUGCUUUCCUUGACCUAUCAAAAGGUUCCCCGGUCUGUGCUGGCUGAGGCCAUCAACAUUGAAGGUCUUUCGUUGGACAAAUUCCUUGAGCAGCAGAUGGCCACCUGUGGAUGGAGCAUAGAGAAGGGGCAUGGUAAGGGCCAACUCAUUGUCCUUCCCAGCAAUGAAUUUAACCAUCCCGAGCUGAAGAAAAAUGCUGCAGAUAGUGUACCAUUAGAGCACAUCACUCGAAUCUUCCCCAUUCUUGGCUGAACCGUGUAGGGGUAGGAAUAUUUAAAUUUGCUUUAUUUUGCUUUGGGUUCUAAGUUACUCGCCGCUCCUAAUACUCAUAUUAUUUUACUUGCUGCUUAAUUACAUUGGGGACUGCAGUAACCUGUUAUAUUUUUAUAUUUAAGAUCAAAUCCAAACACGAGUAGAACUGAGAAACCUGAAAAUUGUUAUUUCAA